UGGUCGAGGGAGCGUCACAAAUGUUUUGUAGAGAGGAAAAGGAGCUCCCUCCUCCCUCGUUAAUGGCAAUGAAAGGAGAGGGCUCUGAGUCAUACAAUAAUGCUCUAGAACCUCGCAUUCAACAGUUUCAACGUCAUCAAAACGAAAACAUUGAUCAUUGCAAAAUGGAGAACAACGAUUGCGUGGCUUUGGUAGUAGCCUUGAGAUAUCUACAAUGUCGGAUAACGGGCAAUGUCAUCGACCUAGGUCAUCUCCUAGAUGACAACAUAAGUGACAAGUGCCGCCAAUACCUGGAGGAAAUGGCCAUCAAGAAAGAGUACAAGAUCUUGGCCCAGAAUAUCUGUACAAUCCGACCACAAAUCGGAGAAACCAGUGUGGCUCUCACUUUGGAGUACAAGAUCAACUCAUCCAGUCCAACCAUUACAUCCGAAGUGAUUCAUGUGAGUCCAGGAGGAAAAAUCGUCGAUGUAGAAGCCUUGGAUCUGAAAUUGGAGGACACGGAACAAGUCAAGAGUUGGAUUUUGUCCGGCACCAAUCUCACACCCUUUGAUUUAUUCGCCGUUGUUGUGCCCUUUGCCGUCGCAGAUGCCAAUGUGGACUUGGAAUUUCAUGAAUCCGUGCUUGAUGAUAACGCCGAAGCUUACGGAUUCCAAGGGAAGGCUGCGAUCCUCUCCGCCAAGCAAGAUUUCCUGGGCCCUCAAAAAGGAAAAGGUCAAGCUUACAAGUUAGGGGAUUUCAAGUUGGAUGAAAAGGAGGAAUUGAUGGUGUCCUUCCGAUUUCAAUGCUUGCUACCUGGUCAAGAAGCCCAUGGAACUGAAUUUGUCACCUUGAGUGGAGAAAAGAAAGUCCUGAAAGUGCAAGCCCUCCGCGAUUGAUGAAAGUUUGCAAUAGUUUGUCACAUGUUAAAUGCAAUGAACAUUCCUGAUAAAGGGGAAGGUUUGACAGUUUGAGAAAAAUGAACGAAUAAACCAACGCAAUAUGUUUUA